UGUGUCAAAGUCUCCCUAUCAGCUACUCGCAGUGGCAGUACGUCGUGAAACAUUGUGUUUAUCAGGGUGAAUCUGGAGACUGUGGACCAUGUGCCGCUGUGAAGAGAGCUGACAGAGCAACGCUUGUGCUGCACAGAAACCUAGUGGUUGGAAUUCUGCUUCACCUCCUCGUCUGCCAGUAGGUUUCUAGUUAAGUCUUAUGUAGACAUGGCUAAGUCAAAGGUGCAAUCAGAGAGCCGAGCCGGUGAAGCAGAGGGUCCAGACGGAGGCUGGGGCUGGGUGCUGGUUGCAGCCAUGUUCAUUAGCACGAGCCUCGUGUUUGGCCUGAUGCGCAGUUUGGGAAUUUUCUUUGUGGAGUUCAUCCAGUAUUUUGAGGAGAGCGCUCAGGCCAUCUCCUGGAUCUCAUCCACUGGCCUGGCAGCACAGCAGUUCUUCAGUCCGUUGGGUGCGGCACUGUGUAAUGCAUAUAAUGCCAGGCUGGUGGUGAUGACGGGAGGCUUUCUUGCUGCACUCGGCCUCAUACUUGCCUCUCAGGCCACCUGCCUUGUUCACCUCUACCUCACAAUGGGUGUUGUUUCAGGUUUGGGUUGGGGGCUGGUCUUCACUCCCAUGGUUGCCACAGUCAUGGCUAACUUCACCCGCCGCCGUGCACUGGCUCUGGGACUGGGCUUCUCCAGCAUUGGCCUCUCAUCCUUUGCCUUUAACCCACUCUUCCAGCUGCUGGUGGAAACAUAUGCUUGGCGAGGCGCCCUGCUCAUUCUGGGGGGUCUAAGCCUCAACAUUGUGCCCUGUGGAGCCCUCAUCCGCCCAAAGCGGAGACCUGAAGCCCCAGCAAAGGUGGACUCUCAGAGCAGGUCAUCGUGUGCUGAUAUCCUGCAGCGAGUCUCUUCCUACCUGGAGCUCUCGCUGCUCUUGGAGAGGCCUUAUCUCACCUACACACUGGCCGUCACUCUUUUUAAUGUUGGCUACUUUGUGCCAUAUUUCCACCUGGUGGCUCACAGUCGCCAAAGUGGCUUCUCAGAGUACCAGGCUGCUUUUGUCAUGUCAGCAGCAGGUGCGACGGACAUUUUGGGCCGAAUAGUGUCGGGUUGGUUCUCUGACCUGGGCCACUUUCGGCUCAUUCAUUUAGUGGGUUUGUGGACGUCUCUGGCGGGAGUGUUCAUCAUGCUGCUGCCUGUGAGCUCCUUGACUGGAUCCUACGCUGCAUUAAUGUUCAUCAGCCUCCUCUACGGCUUCUGCUCUGGAGCGUUGACCUCUCUGGUGUUUGCAGUGGUGCCUAUGAUUGUUGGUGUGGAGCGCGUGAUGGGGGGGCUCGGACUGCUGCAGCUCAUCGAGAGUGGUGCAGGACUGCUGGGGGCUCCUCUGUCAGGCUUGCUUAAGGACAUCACAGGCAACUAUGUCGCCUCCUUCAUGGUCGCGGGCUCUUUUCUGCUCCUCGGUAGCCUGACCAUGGCCACUCUGCCUCACUAUUUCUCCUGCACAGAUCCACCGCCUCCUCAAAGAUGCUCCUUUGAUGAGAAGAGUAACAGUUUACAUCCAGAGCUGCUGCAGAUGAAUAGUUUGCCACCUGACACAAAUAAUCCAACAGUGGAAAGGUCCGACAGGUGAAAUAACCAGCCUGUAUCAGACCAUGGUACUUUUCUGAAGAGGUCAUCGUCAUGAAUUAUGUUGCAUGAGUUGAUGAAGAACUGCAUUAUACCUCACAGGCUCAGAUCCAAAGCAAAUAGUGACGCCAGCAGAAGAAGGACCAGCGAUUAAAUACAGAAAAAAAAGAAACAUGCCAUCAAAUGAGCUUUCAGCUUACCUGGCUGAGAAUCUUAGAAGGAAAAACUAUUUCCACAGUUGUUCAUAUGAAUUUUAAAUGUAAUUAUGACUCUGCAUAUAUGAUUUUGCACCCUUAAAUUAGACUUUGUUCAGUUAACUGUGACACAGAUGAUGAUUAUAAGCACAAAUACUGUCCAUCACUGCAGCUGGAUUAAAGCUCUGUGGAGCCUCCUGUUCUUUGUGCACCUUAUCUACAAAAAAGUGCACAUUUUAACUACACAUACCAUUGAUAUUAUGCAGAUUUAGUGAAACAUGGUAGUUGUGACAUUUAGAAUAAAAAAGAUUUUCAGAAUUUAACAUGAAUGAAUAUUACAAUCUCUACAAACCAUUGUAUUUUACGUUGCUGUCCCAAGACAUAAUCUAAGGUGUAAGUUUUUGUGUUUAAUUGCUUUUAUUUUGUUUAUAUUUGGCCUAACUCUGGUCUUGUUUUCCAGUUUGAUGACACUGAGCUUCACAAAGUCCUGCAAAUGUCUGUUUUACUACCACUAAUUUGUUUAUAUAGAUGUAUGGAUAAGAUAUUAAGUGUCUUGGUCCACACAGUGCUGCUUUAUGUUAACACUGAUUUAUCAUGCAAAGCUCUGAAACAGGGUCUAGUAACAGCUUUUUAGCCUCAGGAAUCUCUCCUUCUAUCAGUGCAUUGUGUUGCUCUGCAGGAGAACAAGACUGUGUUUUCUC